AGAGGAUCCAAGGGAUUGGUGGGGGAACAAGCCAGUUGGGCAUCACUGUGGAUGUGGAAGGAGUUACUGAGACCUCGGGCACCCUUCAUUCACUCUGGGAUUACAGCUAUUUAUCAGGAAGCACACUGUGGGGCCUGGUGGAGUGUGCCUGACGCAGCAUCCCAGACACUAUUCAGGCUUAUCUUCUCGUCUCUGACUAAUUCCCAUCAUUAUCAUGGAGCCCAACAGUCCCAAAAAGAUACAAUUUGCUGUGCCUUUAUUCCAGAGUCAGAUUGCACCCGAAGCAGCGGAGCAGCUGGGCCUUUGUUGUUCACAGAUCAGGAAAAGAAGACCCACACCAGCAUCACUUGUGAUUCUCAAUGAACAUAACACCCCAGAAAUAGAUGACAAGAGGGUGACCAACACACAGGGGGAAUCACAGAAAGCAUCCCCUAAGCAAAGGAAGCAGAGCGUGUACACACCACCUGCCAUGAAAGGGGUUAAGCAUCUGAAAGGCCAGAAUGAAUCAGCAUUCCCUGAAGAAGAAGAAGGUGUUAAUGAGAGAGAGGAGCAGUGGGACCAUUAAUUAC